AUGGGCAAGGUCAAGUAUAUCCUCCUCGACUGCGACAACACCCUCUGCCAGUCUGAGCGUCUCGCCUUCGAAGCUUGUGCCGACCUCACCAACGAAGUCCUCGAGAAGUAUGGCAUCGAUGCCCGCUACACCACCGACUCUCUGCUCGAGGACUUCGUCGGCCACAACUUCCGUAACAUGCUCAUCGGCCUCCAGAAGAAGCACAACUUCUCCAUGGGCCAGGAGGAGGUCGACAAGUACGUCGACAUGGAGCUCGGCCGUGUCACGGCCAAGCUGAGCGAGAAGUGCGUCGAGUGCCCUGGUGUCACCGAGCAGCUCGAGUGGGCCAAGGCUCAAGGCUACCCCAUGUCCGUCGUCUCUACCUCCGCCAAGCCACGUGUCGUUGCCUCUCUCAAGAAGACCAACCUCAUGCGCUUCUUCACCGACGAGCACGUCUACUCGGCUGCCACGUCGCUCAACCCACCAUCCAGCAAGCCCGACCCCGCCAUCUACCUCCACGCCUGCAAGGAGCUCGGUGUCAAGCCAGAGGAGUGCUUGACCGUCGAGGACAGCAAGUCAGGAGCCACCGCCGGCAUGCGCGCAGGCAUCCCACUCAUUGCCUACGUCGGCAUCUACGGCCUCGAGGAGGGCAAGGCCAAGGAGGAGCAGAUGGCCAAGACGCUCACCGAGACUUGCAACGCCAAGGUCGUCAUGUACGACUGGAAGGAGUUCCCAGAGGCCGUCAAGAAGAUUGAGGCUUCUCUGUAA